AUUUUCGUCCUGUAGAGUGGUGCAUCGUGUAUACACAUUAUAGAUAGUCAGUCUUCUGAUUGCCCUCCAGUCCGACUUCAAGCGCCCAGAAGUUGAUCAUCCCCGCUAUGACGUCCGAGUCUGUAAACUCUCAAGUCCCCGAAAACUGUCGAGCUCCCAAUAAUCCUAUCCUGAGGUUGGCGUUCAAAAUCUUGUGCAUUGUUGCAGUCUGUCGGGAGUCUCUCGACCAUUGGAAAGAUACAAAGAACAAAGAAUGGAAGGACCAUGUCUCAAUAAUGGUCAAUCGAUUCCAGAACUCGAACAUCACUGCCGGGCUCGUACUUGCAACUGCAACUCUAUUCCUGUCGUCCGUGCCUCCUAUCGAGCAUUUGAUGGCUUAUAACUCCUCAAUCUCGUACAUCUUCGCCAUGGUUUCAUUUGGUGCCGCAUUGCUCAGCGUAAUAUCCGGAUCUGCUGUGCUUGUUAUCUAUGAAACUAGCACCGCUCACAAAGACAUGGAAACCCUCAAAUGCAUGCCACGACACCAAGUCAUCGCACUGCUGCUAUGGUUGGCAUACCCCUCAUUCUGUCUGUCUGUUGCUACUUUCUUUCUGUUUGUCUAUCUUUAUCGCCUGCUUCUGGUCUGACAAUAGUGUUGUCAACAUCAUAACUAUCUUGAGCUGUGUGGCCUUCCUCGCACAUGGAGUCCUUUCGUUCUACGUUGUCAGCGUUGUGGGCAGACAGCCGGUCGAUAAAAACACCUCUCCCGUACAAGUUGCUGACAGGCAUCACGCUAGUGUAGAAGCUGCAUGUCUUUGAAUUGACGGUGCUGCUGACGACUAGGCGUGAUAAUUGUUAUAGACCACUCAGGGUUCGGGUGCUUCGGGUUGCACAUAUCGGUCAGUGGAGUAGCAGCGGAACUUUCGCCAAGAACUUGUCAUGUCUCCUUAGCCUAGUAUCACAUCUAAUACAUGGAUUUAUCACACCGCC